UAAUUUGGAAGUUUGAUUUUCAAUUCCCGCUUCCCAUUUCCCAAUUUCCAAAUCUGAAAUCCCUAACCGCUACUAUUGCUGACAGCACCAACACCAAGAACUGAAGUAUAAUAAACUGAAAAGAGUAAAAUUUUGCUUUUACAUUUGUCUUUGUAAUGUAAUUGAAGAGAAAAAAAUGAAAUGUGAUUCGCGGAGGAGAAAAGAUCGUUCGCUUUGCUGCUUCUUCAACGCCCUGCCUAUUUUAUGUCUCCAGAUCUAAUCUCGAAAGAAAUAGAGUAUGAAGUGCAAUGGGAAAGAUACUUGUAAAUCAAGCUCCUCAUCAUGUAUGGAUGUUAUGAUUGAUGAGGAAAGUGUUACCAUGGACAAACUACAUGUGCCCAGACUUAAUCUUGAGCCACAGCAAAUGAAGCGAAAGAAAUACAAUCUGCGGAAAAGCUUAGCAUGGGACAAAGCUUUUUUCACUGAAGAAGGUGUUUUAGAUCCAUUAGAAUUAUCAACACUCAGUACAAGAGUUGACAGGCAUGUGUCCCGUGGAGGGAGAGAGUUACUAUCCGGUGGUUUGGACUGCAUCAAUGAGCUACCAGAUAUGCAAGCACUUGAAGAUAAUUUGUUCAAGGAAUUGCCUCCAAACACUCUUGCUGAUGGAGGCAUGGCUGCUCGUGUCUUCUCUUCAAAGCCUGUUUCAUUAGCAAGAGAUGAAGCUGGCCCAGCUUCUGUGGCCAAGCGAAAAAUUCUUUCAGCCACUAAUAUUAGUCAAAGUGCAUCCAAACGCAGUGGUUGCCCGCGACCGGUGGCAUCAUCUUCUCUUAGAAGGCCUCCCACUACAAACAAAACUAAAGCGACAGCAAAAGACUCAAAAGUUUCAAAACUAUUAGCUCCAAAGCCAGAUCCCUCGAAUGUUUAUGCUGCUCCUAGAUCCAGCCACUUGAAACGUAAUCAGAUUCCUCAUCCAGUAGGUGAUGGUCAGAAGAAUAUUAGAUCAAAGGGCACUUCAACUAAUACCAGAAACGUUCGAAAAGACAUGGAGCUUGGUCCUUCUGACAAACUGUUGCCAAAAUCCAUUGCUCAUCAUGCUAGAAGUAAGGUCAGCCUGGUGCCAAAAAAACAUUCAUCAACAAAUAAACAGCACCCCCAGGUUAACCUAGCAAAUAAUUGCUCAGAAGUGAUCCCAGAUCUUGUACGUCCAGUUGCUGCACAUCCACUAAAGGGCUCUGAUAAUAGUACCAGCAAAAUUGCAGUUUCUUUCUCGCAAAAUGCUUCCUGCAACAGUGAAAACAUGCAAUGUACAGAGUCUCAAACAGCAAAAGCAUCAGGCUUGCGGAUGCCAUCGCCAUCACUGGGAUUUUUUAGUCAGUCGAAACCUGCUGGUUCGCUUAGCCUCCUAGAAAGAACUCAAACUAGCAAACUUCGUGAGUCUAACAUUCCUAGUUUGCACAAAGCUGCCCUCUCAAAUUAUCAGUGUCCCUGGCAACCAUCCAAUAAAACAUCUGCAUCCUUGAAUAUGAGGAGCAAUGCUGCUGCUUCUGUCAAUCCUACUUCACAGGGAAAGAUCAAAGGCAAUUCAGAAUUAAAAAAUAAAGAGAAGAUGUUUCAGGCACCGCUUAACUCUAGGACUUGUGAUGGGCUAGAUAAUCAGCAGCAGUUGCACGACAUUCAUGACAAUCAGUUGCUCUUGCAAGGUGGCCCUUGUGAACAACUGAAGAAAGGUCAACAUAGCAAGAAAGUCACUGAGCUUUGCCUCAAAGGUAGAGAUACGACUGCGGCUGGAUUAGACUACCCCCAUUCUAGAUUCAAUGUUAGCCUCGUAGCAGAAGUUGAUAGUCUUUCAGAGAAAAAUUGUGUGACUGCCAAUCAUCACAUUGAAGACAGACAAUACAUUCCUGUCAUCAAGGAUAACAGUGACUAUUCAGAUUUUCCAUCUCUAGGUAUGAGUACUGAUAGUGAUGAGGGUACCCAAAAAGUGCACGUUCAGUUAGCUAGGAUGCAGGGAGUCAAUGACCAGACUGUGAAACAAUCUGAGCCAAUGAAGCUUGACACCUGUCAUGUUUAUCUUGUUCCUAAUGCAGAGAGUUUGAGCCUAUGCUUGAACAAUGGUACUUCAAUUGAGGAGAGAUCAGCUGAAGAGUUUAACAACUGUUGUGGUUCAAAUCGUGCAAAUGCAGUUCUUAAAUCCCAAGACUGUAGUACAGCUGAACCGGAAAUUCCUUAUAGGCCAUCUUGCUGUAAUGAUAUACUGUACACAAACAAUGAAUCUAGUGAAAGUGGAAGCUUGUAUACGGAAUUGUAUGUGGAAAAUGUGCAGCUGCAGUCUGUAGAUGGUAAUCUAACAGUCAAAAGGGACGAGAAAAGUAUGCCAAACACUUUGCCAGAGUAUAAUCUGCCGUCAAUGAGUAUUAGUGAUCCAAGUGAAAAAACUGCAAAACAGACAGAGCUUCCAUUUCCAUGCCUUGUAACAGAACAAGCUAUGGCAGAUGAUUGUGGAUUGCAACAUGAUGGUUAUUUAUUGCAUGGAAAAAGAUUCUUCUCUGAAGAAUCCAAGGAGAAGAAUCUCCUUCAAAGUGCUGAAGAUAUGGUAUCAAAUGUUAAUGCUUCUGGAGGUAUAUUGGAAAGUUCCGGAGUUCUUAGUUCAAAAUCACCUGCCAAGCAAGAUUCUAGUUCUAAUGCAGCUGGAAAGUCAGAGUGCUUGCAUGUGGAAAACCCUUUGGUAUCUUCCGUAGACAAAGGGCUAGUUAAGGUUGCUUCUGAGAUAAAUGAUAUGAGUGGGGACAAAAGUUUAGUAAGUAAAUGUGAUUCUUCGGUUAAAAAAUUCAUUGUUUCCUCUUAUUUACAGCGAGGAAAUGAUGCCAAUGGAAGGGGUUCUUCCAUUCCGGAGAAUAAUUGCUCCACUUGUAUGCAUGAUGUGAAAGAAGACAUGGAGAAAACUAAGGUGAUAACUUCUUUCUGUGAAUCUGAUCAGGACAAUCAGAGUCAAAGAGCAUUUGAUGAUAUGUUGUAUUCUAAGAGCCGAUCUCUUGAAGAACAAAGGGAAUGCAGUAAUAGUAACAUUGCAAAUGUCAGAGGAACUAUUGCAAGUGAAGUGGAAAGUCUAAAUGGUAUUCACCAAUGUGAAAUAAUGGAACAAACAAAUGAACUUGCUCAAGUUAAUAGAAUUACAAAGGAAACAGUAAUGCAAAAUGCAUACGUGCAGUCCUCAGAAGAAAGUCUGUUAUCUGAUAGCCACAAUUGUAACAUUAGUCCUUUGGUAUCAAAUAAAACUUCUACAGUAAUGGUUGAUGACAUUCGAGAACUUGAAGAACAUCUAGCAGUUCAAAAUCCUUACGUGAUGAUUGAGCAAGCUCCCCUGGAAAAUCAUGAAUUUUGUUCGGAUGAUAGCCUGUUUCUCAUGAAUAAUACUUCUGUAGAACUGCAAAAAGGAGAAGCUCUUCAAAAUGUUCUGGGUGUUGGUUUAGAACAGGGUGAUGGCUCGUGUGAAUCAAGAUGUUUUGAUGUUGACACUCAAGUACCUCCUAUUAAAAAUGGUUCAGAUAUGGAUAAAAAAGCUGAGCACACAUUUAUAGUUAAUACAGAGCCAGGUUUCAUGGAGAUUCUGCCAUCAAUUGAAAACUACAAAUGCAGUAUGGAUAGUAAGAAUAGGAGCGAUGAUGAGCUGAUUGAUCAAGCUGCUUCCUUGGAAUUUAAUUCAUCUUCAGACAAGAGCAGGCAUCAAAUUGCAUCAUCAGUGGAUAAUUGUGACUCUAGUUCGUUUUGCUGUUUGAAUGAGAAGUCUAAGUUAUUAAUGAAAACGAAAGAGAAAUCAAGUCAGAGAGUCCAGCAGGAUGCUGAAGUUGAUUUAUCAGAUAGGAAUAUUUUGCCAGAGGAAGCUCAGAUUAAAGUUCCUCAGACCAGUAGCAGUCCCAGCAUUGAAGUGCAGCAUGAGUUGGAUGUAAUGUACCCCACGGAAGAUAAGGCUGCAACAUUGUCACUCCAGAAACCUGUUAAAAACAAGAAACAAGAUGCUUGUGUUAUAAAACCACCACCAAAUGUGGUUCCUUUUUCCGAUGAGUGGUUGGCGGCAUUUGAAGCUGCUGGAGAGGAAAUUCUAACCAUGAAAGGUGGUGCUGUACGAAAUUCACCCCCUGACAAGGUUCAACAUGAACCUGGUCCGUGGUCCCCGGUACGCCGGAAGAACGCUCAAGGGAUUGGGCCAUUUGAUUGUACAAAAUUCACGAACAACAACACCCCACCUUCCACUUCUAAUUGAGGCGACAUGGUUCGCUAAAAAAUCUAGGGCCUGGACCAUUGCAUCCUAUGUCUCUGUUCUAAUUGAGGAGAUUCAGCUGAUCAUUCUUCUAUGACUAACAAUGUCACUCUCUAAAAUCACGAUAUAAAAAAAAAAAAAACAAAUUCUGAUUAUGUUUUUAAUUUUCUAAUUUAUGAUUUCUGUUUCCUUCAACUCGGGGAAUAGCACUUGUAAUAUUUGAUGCUAAAAUGAUCACAUGUGGAAACAGCACUUUGACAUUUGAAUAUUGAUGCUUGAAUUCAUGAACUUCAUUUUCUUUGCA